UAUAUUUUAUACAAUAAUAAUACAUAUAAAUAUAUAUUUGUACAAUAAAGUAAAAUAUUGUAAAGUCCUAUUUGUUAAUCACCUAAUAUUGUGCUGACUGCUGAUUAUUGUGUUCAAAUUAUUUAUCGGAGUUAUUGAGCUAUUAAAAUGACAGUAAUACUAGGAGGUGGCAUAUCAGGGCUGUCAGCAGCAUAUUAUGCUAUUCACAAUACAAGACUUUCGUCUGUUAUUUUACUGGAGGCUUCUAAUCGCUUGGGUGGGUGGAUACGUAGUAGAAGCUCACCAAGUGGAGCGAUUUUCGAGCAAGGACCAAGAACUAUAAGACCAUCUGGUUUAUCUGGGAUGAUCACCCUCGAUUUGGUAGAGCGUCUGCAAUUAAAUGACAAAUUAAUUCAUGCUGAUAGGAAUCAUAUUGCAAAGAAUCGAUUCAUUUACAUGGAUGAGACAUUGCAUGUUGUACCACGUACCUUAAAAGAUAUCUUCACACCCUCGUCGCUUGGUACCUUGAUAAACUACAUAUGGAUGGAUUUGAGGGCUCCUAAAGUAUUUAAGGAGGACGAAAGCAUUCACAGCUUCGUUCAGAGGAAGUUUGGCCAGGAUAUUGCAGAUAACUGGAUCAGCCCUAUGAUCUGUGGGAUCUGUGGGGGAGAUGCACAUGAAAUAAGCGUCAAUAUGAUUUUUCUAUUCAAAUACCUGUUUGAGAUGGAACAGAAACAUGGCUCGAUAAUGAAAGGCGUGGUAGUAGACCUAUUGAAAAAGCUUUUUUCGAUAGGCAGUUUAUAUCAUAGAAUGAAGGUUGACAAAAUGCUUGUAGCAAGAUUACCGACCUUGCCGAGGAGAUCGCGAAACGAACAUUGGUUGAUGUGGGGCUUGCAAGGAGGACUCGAGCAAUUACCUUUGGCACUAGCCGAUUAUGUUAAGAGUCGAGGAGUGAUGAUACAGACUGAGAAAAAGUGUGAAAAACUUACAUUUAAAUCAGAUCGCGUAGAACUGUCGGUUAAUGGCAAUCUUCAGGAAUGUUCACGCGUUAUUUCAAGCUUAUGCGCAAAGGACUUAGCCGAGCUAUUGCAAGAACAACAUCCUAAACUGUCGGCGGAAUUGAAAGCGAUACCUACCGUAACGAUGGGAGUAGUUAAUCUUGAAUUCCAGGGAGAUGUAUUACCUUUCCAAGCAUUCGGCUUCCUCGUACCGCCAAAAGAAAAUCUGCCUCUGUUAGGUGUAAUCUUUGACUCCUGUAUAUUCCCUGGAUCUUCCACAGUAUUGACGGUGAUGAUGGGAGGUGCAUGGUUCGAGAAAUAUUUCGGGUCAAAUCCAUCGAAAGAACAAUUGUUAACGACGGCGAUUAAUCACACCAAGAAUAUCUUACAAAUCGAAGAGGAACCAAUCGCAUACAACGUUGCCGUUCUCAAGGACUGUAUUCCACAACACGUCGUGGGUCAUAACGCCCGUGUAAAACGCAUCCAUGAUUAUAUUUCCGCACAUCAUAUUCCCCUGGCACUGUGCGGUUCUUCUUAUCAAGGUGUGGGACUUAAUGAUGUUAUUCUGUCAGCAAAACAGGCUGUUUAUAAUGUUGCAAAAUAAUUGCAAAAUCGCUUGAUUUGAAAAUGGUAGGUAACUAAUAAUGGCACACAUAAAAAAUAAAUCAAGAAAAACUACAUGCAAACGCUGUCCAUGCCGAAUCAUACCAAAUCAUGCAAAAAAAUCAUGUUACAAAGUUAAAAUAAAAACAUAAUCUUUGAAUGAA